AUGUUCCGCAAUCUCCCCACCUUCAAGUCGCUCCCGCAGGCGAUCGGGCUCCCAUUCCUCUCGUCGUCCGAGGACGCGCAACUGGCAUUCAAGGCCGGCGACAAUGGCUUGAAGCGCCUGUCGCAAGUCGACGUCAUUCCCCUUUCGGAAGCAAGCUACUGGUCGCAGUACUGGAGCGUGUUCAACUCGGCGGCCGACGUUUACUCGCUCCUCAGCGUGCAGGACGUGAGGCAGGCUCUUCGCUCGAACCCGGACAACGUGGCCAACCUGAUCCAAGCACUCGCGCACCACCUCUUCACCCUCCUCCCGUCGCCCGAGUUCCCAUCCUCGACGCCACCAGAGACCGGUGGCCUCAGCUCGACUGCGCAAGCGCUCAACUGCCUGCGAGUACUAGGGCGCGUGCUUGUGGUUGUGUAUGAGGGCGAGGCAGAAGGCACCGGCAAAGCGUGGGCCGACAAGCACCUGUGGAGCCGCGGACGCGCGCCUCUGCGUAGCGCCGUCCGCGGCGUCGACGAGGGCACACAGUUCUCGCUCGGCGACGACGAUGACGACGACGAGGAGGUCGUGAAGAAGGAGGAAGCGCCGACCUUCACGGCCGCCCUCGACGAAAACGAGCUGGAACACCCCCUCGCGCGAUCCUCGACGAACGGUCAUGACGUCGCACCAGAGGAGGAGGGCGAGGAGCUCCCGUCCCUCGCGGACCGAUUGUUCUCGUGCGUCAUUGACAUGCUGUUCUGUGCUGGAUUCACGGUGCCAGACUCAGUGCGAGGCGAAGACGGGCAGGGCGACAAGAUCAACUACGUCAUCUGGGAGAAGGGCGUAGGCUCGACUGUCAGCAUUGGGAGCACGUCCGAGCUUGACCGGAACAAGGUCGAGGUGCUUCGCUUCCUUGUGAUCCUUCUCUCGCAGACGGUGUACACGUCCCCGACUGCGCUCGCGACGGCCACCAACGAACCGCUGGAGCACUUGACGCACGCGCUUGAGCGGCGCCUCGUCCUGUCGCUGCUCUGUUCGCUCCUCAACACGUCGCUUACUCUCAAGGCCGGCGGCGUGCCAUACAACCACCUCGUGUUUCGGGCCGCCGAGGAGCGACACACCAUGGUCCGCAUGUGUCUCAUGACUCUGCUUGUCGCCCUCGACUACCGCUCGUUCGACAACAUCGUACAGACGCCGGGCACUCCAGGCGGACCGGCAGCCGAGAAGGACGACAACGCGUUCCGCUUCUUCAUCUCCAAGUUGCACCGCAAGGACGACUUUGCGUUUGUGCUUGGCGGCAUCAUCGGCAUCCUCGAAGAGCACAUGGCGCAUACCAACAACUACCUUCCAGGCAGCAAGAAGCCGGUGCCGUACCUGCCUGAGGCUUUCAUGCUCCUGUGGCGCCUCGUCGACCUUAACAAGCGGUUCCGCGCGUACGUGUUCGAAAGCGGCAAGGCGAUCGAUAUCAUUGGCUACAUCCUCAUCUGCUGCCUCGAAUUUAAGAACGACCCCGCUCAGCACGGCAUGCUUCGCCUCCUCGCGUACCUGUUGCAGACGCUGUCGGCUGACCAGGGAUUCGCGACUGCCAUCAAUCAGCCGCUCCGGCAACCCGUCCCGGCCAAGUGGGCUGUACAGGGCAACGCUUCCGACUUCAUGAUUGUGUCGAUAUACAGCAUUGCGACGACGCCAGGGCUCAACACACUCUUCCCGGCACUGACUAUCUCAAUCACGAACGCGGCGCCACACCUGCGCAACAUUGGCGUGCAGGCGUCGACGCGCCUCAUGCAGCUGUUCAAGGCGUUCUCGGCGCCCAACUUCCUCCUUGCAGGCGACAGCCACCCACGCCUCGUGUACUACUUGCUCGAGACGUUCAACGCGGUCAUCUACCACCAGCUGAACGAGAACCCGAAUCUCAUGUACGCGAUCCUGGUGGCGCACGCCGACUUCCAGCGUCUCGCGACUUUCACGUUGCUCUCGGGACUGCGCGAGAUUCAGCGCAAGAAGGCGCUGCGUGCCAAGGAAGAGGAACGCAACACCCCGCCACCGCGCGGUCUUGUGCGCACUGACUCGGAGCUGGCGAUGCUCGCGGAGAAGGCGGCACUCCUGGGUCGCGAGAUUGAUGGGGACGAGAUCGACGAUGAGCGGUCUGCUUCGUACUCUCAGUCGCACCGUGGAUCCGAGGACAGCCAUGCCCGCAUUGCAUCGCCUACGCCAGGCAAUAUGUCGGAGAAGGCACGGGGCAAGAUGCGCGCGACAUCGCCCCCGCCCGACGAGGGACCCGCUGGCGACGACGAUGAGCUCAUGCGCGUUGCGGCCGCUGGCAUCGGGCCAAGCGGGUACAUCCCUACACAGGAGUGGGUCACGAGCUGGCAGAAGGGUCUUCCGCUCGAUCCCGUCCUCGUGGCGAUCUCCGAGCUCCUCCCAAAGAUCCAGGACAGCCAGCCGCGUGUGGCGGGGCCUAGCUCCAAGGUCCUCAACCUCCUCAAGGAGAUUGACCUUACCGACGUGCUGCCGCCAGCCCCACCGUUCGUGCCACGCAAGUUUACGUGGUCGCCGCAGUCAUGUGUGUGGCUCACCAGCUUACUGUGGGGCGACAUAUAUGUCGCAGGAAUUGCAACUGGUGUGUGGCGCGACACCACUGUGCGGCUGUUCGGGGUCAAGCAGGCGCCUGGGUCGAAGCGCGCCGCGCAGGUGGACCGCGUACUCAAGAUGUUUGGUGUUGCGUAA